AUGUAUUUAGAAUAGCCAUAUUAAAAGAAAACAAUCCUAAUCCAAGUGAUAUUCUGCAAAAAAUUAAAAUUUCUUACCUAAAAAGCUUUAAAAUAAUUCUUGUUCUUUGCUACCAAAUUAUAUCAAGAAAAUUUAGUUCUUAAUUUUUUUUAGUUUUUACCCUUUUAUUUUGUCCUAAUUUAAGUGUAUUUUUAAUCUGAAACUUAUUAUAUAUUUUAAAAAGAGGCAAGCAAACAAUUAGUAUUAAGAACAAAUAAAAUGAUAAAAUUUUGCAGCACAAUUUUUAAGUCGCUAAUUUUGAUUGGAGACUUAAGCUAAAAUAGAUUAGGAAUAUAUUUAAGGUAUCAAUAAGUUUAUUUUAAAUAUUUUGGAUACAAAUAUAUGAUUGAUAGAUAAAUUUAUAAUAUCUAAAAAGAGGAUUAUUUUGAGAAAAGUAAAGCAAAUAAAUAUAUCGAUAUAGAAGAUUUUAAGAUUAUAGAUUAGGAAUUAUUGUCGAUUAUGCCAAGGACUUAAAUAAAUUUGUUUAAUGAUAUUAAAUAUAAUUGA